AUGGGGGUGGUGGUGAUGAAGGUGGUAUUGAGGGUGAUGGUGAAGGUUGUGGGGGAAGUGGUGGUGGUAGUGGAGGUGGUGAGGGUGAUGGUAGAGGUGGUAUUGGUGGUGGUGUUGGUGAUGGUGGUGGAUAAGGAGAAGAUCGAGUUGGUGUUCCACUCCGACCUAGAGGACUCCAAUGAGUUCCAUCGACACGCUGGCGGUGGGCAUGCCCCCUGCGUGGCCCACGUGGUGAACGUGCUGGGCCACACUGACCGCGGAGCUACAGGGGCUGGAGAUGGGAUCUACAAAGGACACUGUUUCCGGAUCAAUCACUUCCCUGAGGACAACGAUUAUGACCACGACAGUUCGGAGUACCUUCUUCGCAUCGUGCGUGCCUCCAGCAUCUUCCCCAUCCUCAGCACUAUCCUUCUCCUGCUUGGGGGGCUCUGCAUCGGUGCAGGGCGAAUCUACAGCCGCAAGAACAACAUCGUCCUCAGUGCGGGCAUCCUCUUUGUGGCUGCAGGCCUCAGCAACAUCAUCGGCAUCAUCGUCUACAUCUCCAGCAACACGGGCGACCCCAGUGACAAGCGGGAGGAGGACAAGAAGCACCACUACAACUAUGGCUGGUCCUUCUACUUUGGAGCUUUGUCGUUCAUCGUGGCCGAGACGGUGGGCGUGCUGGCGGUGAACAUUUACAUCGAGAAGAACAAGGAGCUGAGGUUUAAGACCAAGCGCGAGUUCCUCAAGGCGGCCUCCUCCUCCCCCUACGCCCGGAUGCCCAGCUACCGCUACCGCCGGCGACGCUCGCGCUCCAGCUCGCGCUCCACGGAGGCCUCGCCCUCCAGGGACGCGUCCCCCGUGGGCCUGAAGAUCUCGGGUGCCAUACCCAUGGGCGAGCUGUCCAUGUACACGCUGACCCGCGAGCCCCUCAAGGUGACCACGGCCGCCAGCUACAGCCCUGACCAGGAGGCCAGCUUCCUGCAGGUGCACGACUUCCUGCAGCAGGACCUCAAGGAGGGCUUCCACCUCAGCAUGCUGAACCGGCGGACCACCCCCGUGUGAGCCGCGGCGUGGCCUUCCGCGCGGACAGCCGCCCCCGGAGAUGGACGCCGC